AGCUCAAAGUUAGUUCCCCUUUUCCCUCCUCUAUAGACCACGUUUACAGGCUUACACUCUUCUCCAUAUUCUCAUAAUCCUCGGUCUCUUCUCCUCCAGUAGGUCAAGAUGGGAGUGAAAGCAUUACUUGUCACCCUUUUCCUUUCGUCUCUUCUAUUUCCUCUAUCUUUCUGCGCAUCAAAUGGUGGACUGGUUAGGAUUUCACUCAAAAAGGUGAAACUUGAUCAGGAGAACCUUCUUGCCUCCAAGAGGGGAGGGUCAAUGAGAGCAUCAUCUAUUAGAAAGUAUAGCUUCCAUGGUGGAUUUGGGGGUUCGGAGGAUGCUGAAAUUGUAGCACUAAAGAACUAUCUGGAUGCUCAGUACUUUGGGGAGAUUGGGAUUGGAUCUCCUCCUCAAAAAAUUUCUGUCAUCUUUGACACCGGAAGUUCCAACUUAUGGGUGCCAUCAUCUAAGUGCUUGUUCUCGCUUGCCUGUUACUUCCAUUCCAGAUAUAAGUCAAGCCGAUCACAUACUUACAAGAGAAAUGGAACGGCUGCUGCAAUUCAAUAUGGGUCUGGAGCAGUAUCUGGCUUCUUCAGUAAUGAUAAUGUUCAAGUUGGUGAUCUCGUCGUAAAACAUCAGGACUUUAUUGAGGCAACCAGAGAGCCAAGUCUGACAUUUUUGGUUGCCAAGUUUGAUGGUAUAUUGGGUCUUGGCUUCCAGGAAAUUUCAGUUGGAAAUGCUGUUCCAGUUUGGUACAACAUGGUUGAUCAAGGUCUAGUUAAUGAGCCUGUCUUCUCAUUUUGGCUCAACCGGAAUGCAGAAGAGGAAGACGGGGGAGAAAUCGUAUUUGGCGGGGUUGAUCCCAACCACUACAAAGGGAAACACACCUAUGUUCCAGUAACACAGAAAGGUUAUUGGCAGUUUGAUAUGGGUGAUGUUCUCAUCGAUGGUAAACCCACAGGGUACUGUGGCCAUGGAUGUGCUGCGAUAGCAGAUUCUGGAACUUCUCUCUUAGCUGGCCCAACGGCCGUGAUUACCAUGAUCAAUCAUGCCAUUGGAGCCUCUGGUGUAGUUAGCCAAGAAUGCAAAUCUGUUGUUGAAAAUUAUGGGCAGAGAAUUGUUGAUUUGCUCUUAACAGAGGGAAAUCCAAAGAAAAUAUGCUCAAAAAUUGGGUUAUGCACUUUCGAUGGAAAUCAUGGUGUAAGUAUGGGCAUCGAGAGUGUAGUAGAUGAAAAAGAAGGCAGAUCAGCUGGGAUACGUAAUUCCGAGUGUGAGACUUGUGAAAUGGCUGUCUUUUGGAUGCAAUCGCUUCUUAGUCAGAAUCAUACUCAAGACCGCAUACUGUCUUAUGCCAACGAGUUUUGUGACCGGCUGCCAAGCCCGUUGGGUGAAUCAGCUGUCGAUUGUGGAAGCCUUUCUUCAAUGCCUAGCGUUUCCUUCACAAUUGGCAAAAAACUCUUCGAACUCUCCCCUGAUGAGUACAUACUCAAGGUGGGCGUUGGUCGUGCUGCACAAUGCAUAAGCGGGUUUACAGCCUUGGAUAUCCCUCCUCCUCGCGGACCUCUCUGGAUCUUGGGAGAUGUUUUCAUGGGGCGGUAUCACACAGUGUUUGAUCAUGGCAACCUGCGGGUCGGAUUUGCUGAAGCUGCCUAAUCGCCUUUCAAUUUCAGUGUCUAAGUAUGACUUUGUCAAAGUAGAUCAUCCCUGUAAACAGUAAACCUCUACUUACUUUAGACCAUCACUGUGAAAAUGUUUCUUUUAAUGGUGUGACUUUUACUGAGUACUUAGAAUUAUAAUAACUGAAGGUUAAUCUCUUUUCUA